AUGACGGUACCAAAAAAGGAUGCUUAUGAGAACCGCCUGAAGACUCUCGAUAUAGGGUUCAACGGUGUCUCAGUGUCGACUGAUCUCCGAGGGACGAUACUGCAAAUCAGUGCUUUCCACCCUAAGCACGGCAUUGUCCUUGCAGAGCCAUACGAACAAUUUGAUGGUACCAAAUUUCGAGAUACUCCAUACGUACGUGAAUAUCGCUCUCGAAUGCUAAGGUCAAUGAAGAAUGGUGUUCCUGGGUUUGGCCUGCGAUUCGAAGGCGAGGUCCAGGAUCUCCAGGUGGGUCUUGACGGUCUGGGUCGGGCGACAGUAUCCUACCGCACGGAUGGAGGUCUUGCAAUCACGGUAUUUCUGCGGGUCGGCGAGGACGGAGAGGUCGUUCAAUCCGCGGAGAUCAGGUCAUUGGCCGACUCAGCGUGCAGAGUCAGCUUCAUCAUGGACUGCGGUAUCAGUGUCAACAGAGCGUCAUAUGGACAACUCACCGAGGGUGGACCGAUUCCAAUUCCAAGAUCGGAGAACAAAUUCAACAUCAUCAGAGACAGGCAGGGCUUCGUCAUCACCAACACACCAUUAGGUGCACAUCUGAGGGGAUGGCUUGACGGCGAUGGCCAAUUAGUCGAUACACAACACACCAGCCAAGAGGAGACCUUUGUCAACUCUCCGGUCGUCAAGAAAUAUACUGGCUUUCUAGAAAUUCCGCCUCAAGGGACCCGUGUCCUAUCAGCCAAGUUUAUCUUGCAACCAGGAGUUGUCCCUCAUGCACACCGGGACACAGAGUGCCCGCAGCGAGUCGGUUUGCCGAAGCUCUGGAAGACGCGGGAAGAAGCCGGAAGGUUCAUCGUCCGCAGAAACCUAGAGUAUAUCCUUGGAAACUGCGCAAUUCCUGUGCCACAGUCCAGGCAAGCGGUCCGGUUCCUGAUCGACACCUACCUCAACCUCAAGAACUUGACUUGUCCAAGCAACGCAGAAGAAUACGCCCAGGUGAUUAAGGCGACAGUGAAAGGUCAUUUGAUCUGGAUUUUCCGGUAUGCGCAGAGGCCGCACAAGUUCUGGCACAGGUCGUACCUCACGACUGGCCGGCCCAAAGAUGGGCCGGUAUUCCAGCUUGACCAACAAUGUUAUCCGCUCCUCGAAUUAUGUGACGUGUGCGAAACGUUUCCAGAGGAGCGCGAGCUUGUUGAAGAGAUUUUGCGAUCAGACGCCGUGUCACAGGUCUUGGACUUGAUCGAGACAAAACGGGAUGCGCGAACUGGUUUGUUCCCAACGGAUGAGACGCCGGGUGACGACGCAGUGGAACAUCCCUUCCACUUCUCAAGUCACGUUUUGCUGUGGCAUUCGCUAUCAAGGCUCGCCAAGGUUGCUGCACAGUUCAUGGCAGAGUCUGCCUUUGAAGCACGCCUGGCGACUCUGGCUAUGGCUGUGCGUACAUCGACGCUCGAUCACUUCCUCUGUCCAGAGCCAGCAUCAGGAAAGCCAACCUUCUCGUAUCUGGUUGAUGGCGCCGGUCAGCAGACAUUUUACCACGAUGCUAACGACCUCCCCACCCUCUUCGCUCCUUCUUGGGGAUUCACCAAGACAGACUCCGAGAAUCAAGCGUGGCACAACACUAUGCACUUUGCCUUCUCGACGGCCAAUGAAGAUGGCUACUAUGCUGGGGGAGCAUUUGAAGGGUUAGGUAGUGUACACACGCGCAACCCCUGGACAUUGGGAUAUUUCCAACAGUGGAGGUAUUCUCAGAUGAGCGGAGACCGCCAAGCUGAAGCUAUCGCAUGGGACAAAAUAUGUGGCGUGAUGCUCUGGGAUGGCAUGUUUUCAGAAGCAGUUGACGGGCAUUCCGGCGAAGUAACCAGUAAAGCAUGGUUCAGCUGGCCAGGGUCGAUGAUUGGAAGCGGGCUGCUUGAAAAGGGCAAUCGAGAGCGGUAUCUCUGA